AUGUUUGUUCUGUGCCUGUCCAGAGAUUUCCUUCAUUGCUCCCUGAGGUUCACUGAGUUCCUGGAGCCUUUUGAGAGAGUGAUCCAGCCGGAGGAGCUGUGGCUUUACAGGAACCCUCUGGUGGAGUCGGACCACAUCCCCAAAAGAGUCAUGUUUGUGAGUACACAUCAAUGCGGUCUGGUACUGUAUCCACAGCUGGGCAUUUGA